CAGCAUAUUUUUGGAGGACACCUUGAGCCAGCUGAUGUGACUGCACAGUGGAGAGAAGGAAGCCAAAAAGCAGGAAAAACAUACUUCAGAUGAGGCUAGAGGGAACUAGCUGAGGUGACAUAUUUGGAGAAUAUGUGCUGCUCUGCAGUUUUCUGUGUGCUGUAUUUUGUAUUUCUCAGCUUCCUCACUGGCCCGGCUGUGGUUCCCGGCUACUUCUCGGUGGAAGCGGAGCACGUGGUGCUGGUGCUGAACGGGAGGGAGCCGGCGAAGGUCGCCUACGCCACGCAGUGGCUGCACUACGCACAGACACUGAUGGAGACCCGCAAGAUCCAGCACGUGGCGGUGGUGCUGCUCGGCAGCGAGCGGUGCAGCAACGCCUGGAUUCAGCCCUACCUGAAACGGAACGGGGGAUUUGUACAUCUGCUCUUUGUUACGUAUGACUGUGCGUUCGUAAACGAGGAAGAUAUUUUCCAGUGGCCUUUAGGAGUAGCUACCUACAGAAGUUUUCCGGUCGUGGAACCCAGCUGGUCAAUGCUACAUGAUCCAAGACCAUAUCUAUGUAAUUUCUUAGGAACAGUUUAUAAGAAUUCUUCUAGAGAAACCCUAAUCAAAAUUCUGAAACAGGAUGGGCUUGACAAACACUGCUGGAUUGCAGCCAGAGAACAGUGGCAGCCUCAAGAAACAAAUGAAAGUUUCAAAAACUAUCAAGAUGCCUUGCUGCAGAGUGAUUUGACAUUGUGCCCAGUGGGAAUAAAUACAGAAUGUUACAGAAUUUAUGAAGCUUGUUCAUAUGGAUCUCUGCCCGUUAUAGAGGAUGUAAUGACACCGGGUGAUUGCGGAAAUUCAUCAAUGUACCACAGUGCUCCGUUGCAAUUAUUAAAAACCAUGGGGGCUCCAUUUAUCUUUAUUAAGAACUGGAAAGAGCUUCCUGCUAUUCUAGAAAAAGAAAAAAAAAUGAGCUUACAAGAAAAGAUUCAAAGGAGAAAAAAGCUUUUAGAAUGGUAUCGAAACUUCAAAGCGUGGAUGAGACAAAAAUUCAUUAAUACUUUGGAAAAUUCAUUUUUGCCCAGUGAUAAAGGAUAAAUUGUCCCGUUUGAAAAUCUAGAAUAAAUGACAGCUUAAUUUCCAUUAACCUGAGGCAGCUUUUACCUAAAAGUAACCUCACAGGGCAGAUGCAUUCCUUUUAAACUCAAUGGAAUUGCUCUAAGCUUGGCCAAGAGCUACAUUUGGCGCUCCAUCCUUAGUGAUUUUCAGAGAAGUUGUUGACUUAAUAGGAUGGUACAAGGAUGACAACAAUUUUGUUACUAUUUUCACAAUUUCUAUGUUGCUGUGUGACCUGAUAAAUUUUUUUAAGGAUAAUAUCUUUGAGCAUGUGAAUUUGGUAAAAUCCAACAUAAGAUCAUCCAUUGUGUUUGAAGAAAAGAGAAUGGAGGCUGUAUGGUACAGGGUAAUUUAUUAGAGAGACUGAAAAAGAAAAGUAUUGUGACAGAAUUACCAUGUUUAGCAUAUUCUGGUAAGUGCUUGUUUUGAAAAUGUGAACUGUUUACUUGACAUUUCAUUUCCAACAAAAUGACCAUACAGCUAAAAACUGUGGAAUAAAAAUGUAUAUU